UUUGAAAAUCUGCAAAGAAGCUGCGCCGGAAGCAGACGUACUUCCUGUGUGCGCGCAGUGUUUUGGUCAGCAGCUCCGGUAGAAACAAAGAGUGACGUAGGAACAGCUGAUCCUUCAUGCUAAGGAAGUUAGCCUGUGUGAAUCAGUCCAGAUGUCUCACAGCCUGCAGGAAGCUGAUCUGAAGCCUGAAGCAGGUUUGACCCUUUACUGCUUCUUCUCACUGUCAGGCCUGCGGGCCAGAACCAGAACCAGGUGUGUCAAAGUACACACAGACAGAGACGUCCAGCAGCUGGUGGUGACCAAAGAAGAAGAUGACCCCCUCAGUCUAGACCAGGACGACCCACCAGAACCCACACACAUUAAAGAAGAACAAGAGGAGGUCUGGACCAGCAGAACGCAGCUUCAAGGCCUGGACCAGGCUGAUAUCAUCAAGUUCACGUUCUUUCCUGUCGCUGUGAAGAGUGAAGAAGACAAUGAAGAAGAAGAAGAUGAAGAGAAACCUCAGUCCUCACAGCUUCAUCAGAGACAAACUGAAGACAUGAAACCAGAAACUGAUAGAGAGGACUGUGGAGGACCAGAACCAGACAGAGACUCAGAUCCAGAUCAUCACGAUGAGACUUCACACUCCUCUGAACCUGAGACUGAUGACAGUUGUGAAUGGGAGACCAGAGAACCUCCCCAGGACGAUGAAGAACCUGGAAGUGAUCUGGACUGUAACACUGUAAAAACAUCUGCAAGCUUUGAACAUGACGGACAUCUGCAGAAACACGACGAGGUCCAAACAGGUGGGAAACCCUUUAAAUGUUCCGUUUGUGGUAAAACAUACCACUGGAAGAAAUCUUUAACAGCUCACAUGAAACUUCACACUGAAGAAAAACGCUUCAGCUGCUCAGUUUGUGGUAAAAAAUACCACUGGAAGAACUCGUUGAUGGCUCACAUGAGGCUCCAUUCAGAAGAAAAACGCUUCAGCUGCUCAGUUUGUAGUAAAAGAUACCACUGGGAGAAAUCCUUAAUGGUUCACAUGAGACUUCAUUCAGAAGAAAAACGCUUCAGCUGCUCGGUUUGUCAGGAAACGUUUCAACAGAAAGAACAUGUGAAGAUGCACAUGAGAGUCCACGCACAGGAGAAAUCCUUCAGUUGUUCGGUCUGUGGUAAAACAUUUGCACGAAGCUCAACGCUGAACUCACACCAAAGAGUCCACACAGGAGAGAAACCGUUCAGCUGCUCAGUCUGUAAAGCAAGCUUCAGUCACAGCCGCAACUUGUUCCAACACAUGAGGAUCCACACAGGUGAGAAACCCUUCAGGUGUUCAAUGUGUGGGAUAAGAUUCGCACAAAAACAACAUCUGAGACAACACACGAGAACCCACACAGGAGAAAAGCCCUUCAGCUGUUCCUUCUGUGGGAAAGGAUUCGCACAAAACUCAGCUCUGACGUCGCAUUUAAGAGUUCACACUGGAGAAAAACCGUUCAGCUGCUCAGUCUGUAAAUCGAGUUUCAGCGUCAGGAGUAAUUUGUCUACACACAUGAGGAUCCACACAGGAGAGAAACCGUUCAGCUGCUCAGUGUGUGGGAAAACAUUCGGACAUGGAGGGAAUCUGAGACAGCACAUGAGAGUCCACAGGGAGGAGAAGCCGGUCAGAAAACACAAGUGUGCUGGCGAGACCAGCUUGAGCAAAUGAAGCGGCAGAGUUUGACGCUUUACGUGCUCAAUGACUGUAAAAUAUCCAUUUUUAGGUGAUCUGAAGGUGAAGCAUUAACUUUACUGUAAAUAUGGACUCGGCUCUGAACACUGAGCUUCUGAUCUUCAUGUUCAUGGGUUCAGGACAUUUCUGUGGACCAAUCAGCUGACAGAGUGAGAUGAUGACUGGACAACACAGCUCCACUGUAAAAAGACAAACAAUGAUUGAACCAGAUGCUACACCACAGAUCCUCAUCAGGACUGAACCCACAUCCUCAGAACAUCUGACCGGCCCUCAAACAUCCUGACCUGUUGGAUCAUCUUCAGAGGUCUGAGGAGCAAAACAAUAAGAAUGACUCAUUUUAUCUGAACGUUGAUUCUUCUGCAGUCACGAGAACUCUUAUGAGUUAUAAAGUCUUUGGUUGGGGCAGUAUCAUGUGACCCCUCCUCACAUGAACUGAAGCAGAAGCAGACCUGGGUCAUGUUUGUUAGAACAGAUACCGAGGACAGUUUAUGACUCAGCUAAACUCAAAACAUAAUAAUAAAACAUAUUUGUUCCAGUCAAAACAUUUGGUCUAACUGUAACAUGUAUUGUAACCCUGAAAACUAUGAAUUCACUCACAUGUUUGAUAUUUGAAAAAAGUGUCAAAAUCUCCAGAUAAAUGUAUCUUCAGGAUUUAUGUCAGAAAAUCUCUUUAAGUGUUUUAAUGACGAGAAAGAGAAGAGACACUUUACAUCAGCCAAUCAACAUCAAAACACAUUCACAAAGUGAUCAGAGUGAUCCACAUUAUCAUCCAGAACCUCCAGAACCUUAGACUGUAUCUAUGAGGAUAUUAUCUGUAAGAACAAUGUGAAUAUUCAUAAUAUUUAUCAUCCCAAACUUUACAAACAGAGCUGCAACAUAUGAUGUCAUCCAAGAAUUUCACAGAUAAUCCAAAAACACUGUUAAUGUGAAAACCCUGAACUGAAGAACUAAAUGCAUUCUGGGGAUUUAUGGGCGCCAAGACAAAAUGAAGCUCUGUGUCUUUAAAUCUUCAUAUUUAUCUUUAAAUAUUUAAAUUCAGAGAAGAGUCGAACACAGACACAGGAUAGUUCACAUGUUCUGUUUCUUUGGGGGUCCCUGAUGGCUGAGGGGUUCUAAACAAACACUAAGUUCUGUUACACUCUGGGCUGGUUCUGGUCCAUCUAAAAGGACUUUGAAGCUUCUGGGACAGUUGAGACCUGGACUGUGUUAAAGGGUCUUCUGUGAAACCAGCUCAUUCUCAGUGUUGGAAGGUUUCUGUAUGUGAGCACUCAACACUUCAUCCAUGCACUUAAAGGUCCAGUGUGCAGAAUUUUGGAGCAUCUAGUGGUGUAAUCGCUGCAUUGCACUCUCCUCACGUCACCCUCACCUUCUCAGUGUAAAGGAGAAACAACAGUUCAAAAGGUCCUGUCUGCAGUCAGUAUUUAGUUUAGUCUGUAGAAACACAGUGUUUCAGUAUGACGGCCUCCAUGGAAGAGGACCCGUUCCUA